GUCCGGAGGCAGAGUGAGCACCAAACCCUCCCAGAGUCGGGUCAGCGAGGACACCUGAUAACCACGAGCUGGGACAUCUCAUUCUUGGCUCACAACAGGUAAAACAAAUCAUGAUGACUCGCCUCUUCGUGCAUUUCCUUCUUGUCCUGAUGACCUUUGUCUUCUGCCAGUCGGCAUCUCUUCAAAAGACAGAUGGCGCCGUCACAGGGCGACGAAACGAUGAACCUUCCCAGCAUGCACCGAGCACGCUUACCAUGCAGGUGUACCCCAUCAUGCUCCGAGUCAACCUCGCACCUGACUUCAAGGGCGACCCCAAUGUCUUCUCUAACUAAUUCACCGGGUCAUGGCCACGGCCACGAUCAAGACCACGGUGCCAUUAACGCCUCCAUGUGCCAGCAACUGUCGGAGCAGAUCGACUUCAUGAUGAAGUUCUCUCUAGAACUGCCGUCCUAUGUCACCAUCUCGGGCCACAGGUUCCGUCUCAACAUCGACAUGCCAGGAGUUGCCCCGCGCCCUUCAUCCGACACUCACCAAAAUCUGACCUAACUUCAUCGUCACUCCUCUUCCUUCACACCUGCUUCUCUUCCUUCACACCUGCUUCUCUUCCUUCACACCUGCUCCUCUUCCUUCACACCUGCUUCUCUUCUAGAGGACCUCCGUGUUCAUCACAUUGAGUUUGCCUCCCUCUUAACUCCGAUAGAUAGUUCUCAUGUAUCUGGUGCGGCAGUACAGUUGUUACUCUUCAUGUUUGUCUCCUUCGGCUCGGAAUCAAUGCCCGUUGCUGUGACUAUUGGCUGUGUGAUUACAAUAUUAAAAUCUUUCUACUCCA